CAGUCCAACAUACCGGUUUUCUCUCUCUAAAACCCUAAUCAAAAAUAUAGUUUCUCUCACAAGGUCUCUUAUAAAAAUCUUUUUUUUUUUUUUUUUGUUUGAAGUUCGAAAAUUCUAUUGGAUCCCAUCUCACAACCACAUAAUCCUCCAAUGGUUUUCCUUUGAUCUUUUCUUCUCUCUCUACAAAAACCCAUUGCUCUCCCAACCACUCUUUCCAGUUUUCCAUUUCAUUUUCUCUCUAACUUGCUUUCUCAGAUCAAGAAAACCAGCCAUGAAAGCAAACCAAGUUUGCUGUCUUUGCGGAGAAGAAGCUUUCCUCUUCUGCCGUGCCGAUCGUGCUCUCCUUUGCCGGAGUUGCGACGCCAGCGUUCACAGCGCCAACUUCCUCGUCGCUCGUCAUAUCCGCCAACCUUUCUGCUCCGUGUGCAAGGAUUUCGCCGGGAAUUUAGUUUCUGGCGAUGAUCUGCGACAGCUUCGUUCUCAAUACUGCCGGAGUUGUUCGCCGUUGAAUGUUUCUGGCGGAGAUCACGUCGAGGACGACGACUCUUCUCUAUCGUCGUCGGUUUCCUCCGUCUGCGUUUCCAGUAGCGAAUCGAAGAUCCGAUUCGAGGAUCGGCCGAAGUUGAUGGAGAGGAUCGGUUCGUCCGACUCCGUCACGGAUCUCUCCGGUUCCGUCGAGGAAACGAGCGUUCCGGUUAAGCUCGGCGGCGAAGUCUCGUCGGCGAACAAGACAAAGAGAGACUCGCUUAGACCGCGGGGCAAGGGUUUGACCAGUGUGGACGCGAAGGCGGAGGGCAUUUUCGAGAAAUGGUGCAGAGAUAUGGCGCUGGGAGGUAAUUUCGCGGUGGUAGGAUUGGCGUCGGAGGCGCUAGGGUUUUGCGUCGCGAGGUCGCGGCUUUUGCCGUUCAGAGUUUCUCUGGCGGCGUCGUUUUGGUACGGAAUGAGAUCUUGCGAGAACAAGUCGGCGGCGCGUACGUUGCACAGCCUUAGACGGCUACAACGGUUGUCCGGCGUGCCAGUCAAGUUGAUCGUGGCCGUUGAAUUGCAGCUGAGCCGCGAAUUAAAGGCUCAAAAGCAUCGCCGACGCGAUGAUCUGAAGGAAGGUUGGGCCGAGUGCUCCGGCUAAACGACCACCGUAAAAAAAAAAAAAAAUACACACUUCUGUCUAUAUAAUCUAUGGGAGUUAGAUUAGUGUUUAACCGAAUUAAUUAGAUUAUUAAUCAGUGUAAUCUCAAAUAUAUAUUUAAUUUUUUUCUUAUUUUGGAUUUUUAGUGUUGCAAUAUUGUGAGUGUUUUUUUUAUUUUUUAACUCGUGUUGUUCGCAUUAUUGCAAAGGUGCAAAUAUGAGAAUCGAAUGAAUUUUCUGACCA